AUGCGAACUCGAUCGAGUCGGUCAACUGAAGACUUGGUCGAGCUAGACAUUACAACGGGUAGAAAGAGGGUUCAGAANUUAUUCACUUUUUCUCUAAGUGACAAGGCGCUAAGAUGGGUAAAAUCUUUACCACCUCAGUCCAUUACAACAUGGAAUGAAUACAAGGGAGCUUUCUUGAACCAAUUCUACACUAAGCAAAGAUCCAACUCUAUAAGGAGCAAGAUUUCUGGUUUCAAGCAAGAUUCAAUGGAGUCAUUCUAUGAAGCUUUGGAGAGAUUCAAGGAGUACACAAGAAGCUGCCCUAACCAUGGCUUUUCAGAAGGUAACCUUUGGAACAUCUUUUACAAUGGGAUUGAUCAUAAAUACAAGCUUUCUCUCGAUACCGCGAGCAAUGGUAAUUUCAUGACCAAGUCGGUGCCGGAGGCUAAGCUUUUGAUUGAGAAUCUCGCUGCUAGUGAUGCCAAUGCGUGCCCUGACUACAAUAGAAGCGUGAAGACCACGAGCUCAUCAGAAUCAGCUCAAAUCUCGGAGCUAAGGAACAUGGUUUCACAACUACUUCAAAAGCCGACAAGGAGUUCACGCCAUUGA